UGCCUGAUUCCGGCUGGCCUCGGCCUGCAGAUUGGCGGACGAGGCGGCAGAAGGAGGGCCGACAGAGGAGAGAGUUGCGAGGCAAAACGGCUGGUCACAUGAGCAGAGAUCUGUUUACAAACCCAGGGCUGAGCAGCGAGAGAGAAAGAAAGAGAGAGAGAGAGAGAGAGAGAGAGGAGCGAGGGGAGGACCGGGGGAGAAAGGCAAACUGCAGGCACCAUUAUGGAGUGAAAAAGCGAGGAAGAAACGGGGGACGCCUGCCAUCACAAAGCCAGCUGGAGGUGUGAGAAGCUGACAAACACACUCCGCCUUUGUCUCUGAUUUUUUUUUCUUCUUUUUUUUUUACUCCCUGUCUUCUUAAUCGAAGGAGCAGAUGGUUAGAGGGAGAGUAGGUCCCCCCCUCCUCCCUGCGCGCACACGCACGUAUCUUCUGAGUGGCAACACAAACGCGCAGCAGCAGCGGCUACAGAGGGACUGUUGUUGACUGCAUGGAGCUGUCCUCGCUCCGUUUGCCUUUGGAGGGGAGAACAUCGCUGGCUUCAACGUUGAGGAGGAAUCCCUGCUGCAAGAUCAGCGGACUGGAGGAGGAGGAGGGGAGGAGAAGGAGGAGGAGAGCAGAGAGGUGGUGAGACUUGUGAAAAUCCCCCCCCUGUUAGGAGAGAAAAAACAGCGCAGAUUAAUGUUGGAUUGUUGCCUUCCUUGGGUUGAGGAUCUGUCAUUUAAACGCUGGAUGUCAUUGUAACUGGUUAGAGAGGUGGGGGACGACACCGCAAAGUGACGCAAAGUGAAGUCAAGGAGCCCCCCCCCCCCCUCUCUCUCUCUGUGUUAGAAAUAAGAAGCCCGUGAGGGUCCCCAGACCCAAAUCUCCAGACCCGCCUCCAUUUAACACAGAGUGGGUUAAUCCAGAUUUGGGGAAUACCGUGCAGCCCAGACUGCUGAGCCAACGACAACAAAAAAGAAGAAGGGGAGAGAAAAAAAAAAGACACACCUCCAGAGGAUUUCUGGGAUCUGAAAACCUCCCGUGACUUGUUUCUGAAGGAACUCACGCAAAGAUCCAGGUCAGGGCAGGUCAAUCCUGGAAGAGGGGGGACCUUCACUUAAAAAAAACAAGUGACGGCGUCUGAGCCUCCAGAACCACUGCUUCUGGCGUUUCUCCAGUGUCUUCUCCUGACAGGGCCUGAAUUCCCUGCUGCUGCCUUGGGAGUCAAAUUUCAUGCAACCACUCCAAUGGUGUAACGGAUGCCCUUGUGGUUUGAGUUUUCAUCGCUCUGAACACUACUGCAGCAUGACGUCUGACAUCUACCACCUCCCUCUCAACAUCUAUGUCAUCGUGCUGGGCAUCGGCCUCUUCGUCUUCAUGCUCAGCCUCAUCUUCUGUUGCUACCUCUUCAGGUUAAAACAGCAAGGAACGAGGGAGCAGUUCAGCUACAACGAGGUGGUGCUGAAGGGAGCGAGCAAGAAGCUGAGCCUCCUUGGACAAACCUGCGCGGUGUGUCUGGAGGAAUUCAGGACCCGCGAUGAACUCGGAGUGUGUCCCUGCUCACACGCAUUUCACAAGAAGUGCCUUCUCAAGUGGCUGGAGAUCCGCAGCGUGUGCCCCAUGUGCAACAAACCCAUCCUGCGGCUCCGCUCCGACGACCCGCAGGGCGCCGAGGGUCCCAUGGAUCCAGAGGAGGUGUGAAUUCAUUGGAGGGGGAAGAGAAAGAUCCGCUCCCCCUUUCAGAAAACACCCGCAUUAAAUACACUAAAGAUGACGACCAUCUCAGAAGGUAAUAAGUGGUAACGACCCUGAGCCGGCGCUCUGCUGGCGAGUUUCGAGCCGUACGCCUCGGCUGGGAUUCAAGACAUCGACAGCGUGUUUGGUCCGACCGGUCAGAGAGGGACCUGGAUGAGUAGGAUUAUUUCCAUUAAAAAUAAGUUCCUAGUUCUGCUUCCAUGUUGCACUGUAAAAAAAAAAAAAAAAAAGAAAUAGAGAAAAAAAAAAAUGGCAGGAUAAAAAGGAGUGGCUUUAGAGAGCUGGAUUAUCAGAACGAGUAGAGCAGCACUGCCAGGGACAAACAUCACCAGAGGCAUGGAGCGGGGACAUCCCAGGAUCAGUCCGGAUACCUCUAUUUUCUCAGGGGUGUUUGUUACCAACACAGCCAGCACAACCCCAUUUCAGUAACCACAGGAUCCCAGUGCCACAUAUGCAUCUUUGAGUACUGCCAGAGUAGGUGAAACGCCACAGCAGCCAGAGUUCGCCACAGUUACCUGGCUGAACCAGAGACCAGCUGGAAUAAAACCCAGAUUUCAGUAGGAACCAAUUGUCCCCCCCUCCCCCCUUUAAACAGAGACUCUUAGAAAACUAGUCUUGCCUGUAUGUAUUGUGUGUAAAGGUACCCCUGUAUGAUGUUAUUUUGUAUUUUAAAUAAAGUGUCAUGUAAUGUAA